AUGGAAUCAUCCACGCCCUUGCCAGAUCCCACCCAAGCCGCCUUCAACAAAGCGAUUCGGGAGUUCAAGGCUAACCUGAAGAACGAGGCCCUGUAUAGCGAAAUUCUGAGCACCACCUCCGCCGACCAGGUGUAUGAUCUCACAGACAAGCUACAGAACGAGCAGGGCAGGGGAGGUCACCUUCGCAACCUAGCGAAACUCAAACCUUACCUCGAGCGCUUGCAAGGCUAUUCCGGAGCCAUCGACACGUUCGUCCAGGCAAAGGCCGAAGUUCUUGCGCUAAUAUGGGGCCCUAUUAAACUGCUCCUUCAAUGGGCCAGUACCCUAACGAGCUCCCUCGACGCCUUAAUCAACACAACCGCUGAGAUUGGGCUUUUGCUACCCGAGUUUGGCCUCGCGGUAAAGCUAUUUGGGCACAAUAGCAUGGUGAAAGAUGUCUUGGCGCUAUUCUUCCAGGAUAUCUUAGAUUUCUACCUAGUUGCGCUCAAAUUCUUUAGUAUGCCGCGAUUCAAAUCUUUCUUUGAAGCCGUGUGGCCCAAGAAGAAGCAGCAAAUCGAUAGUGUCAUCAACCGAAUAGGGCGGCAUACCACCAUGCUCAGGAACGAAGUCCGCCUUGAACACAUCCAGGAGGAGUACAACGCACGUGCUCGCGAUAUGGAGCAUUUUGAGAACCUCGAGCGGUCAACCAGACGGACAGAGUAUGGGGUGCUCGAAACUCGCGUGGCGCCCGUGUUCUACGAUACGAAAUUAAAUCAUCUGCGCGGGCGUCUCUGCGGAGGGACAGGGAGCUGGUUUCUCGAUGACUCUCAGGUGCAGAAGUGGCUCAACGUUACCAAAGACUCACCGAAGGUUAUUUGGCUCCGUGGAAUACCUGGUGCGGGUAAGGAAUACCAGUUUAGAGAUAUUAUUGAUGCUGGUGCUGAUCAGUGGUCCACGAGCAGGCAAGACAUUCCUCGCAGCGAUGUUUUGUGCGAAAUCAGCCGCGAGACCCUUAGCUCUGAUCCCACUGCCGCCACCGAUAUACUGAUUAAGCUCCUCACUUGUUCCGGUCGCGUCCAUAUUAUCAUUGAUGGCCUCGACGAAAUUGAUGAGAUCGAACGGGCGAGAUUGCUUCAGGAAAUGCUUCGAGUCUCGGAGAGCUGCGAGGAGACGAGGAUCCUUGUUAGUAGCAGAGCGGAGCAUGACUUGGAGACCCUCUUAAAGCCCGUGUCGACUGAGAUUCGAGUUGAUACGCGCAACACGGACAGUAUUCAAACCUACGUUUCAAACCGCUGUUUUGACUGGGUCCAGAAUCGCCAUUUCAGCCCAGAAGACAGAAAGGAGAUCAUGACACUUCUUUCUCCCAUUGCAGGCCGGGCCAAAGGGAUGUUUAUGUAUGCACAGCUCAUCUUGAAGAGUCUAGAGUUUCUCGACACGAUCGACGAGGUACGAGAUGAGUUGAAGAUUCUUCCAACAGAUCUUGACGAUGCAUACGGGAGAAUUUUCUCACGCGUCAACGAAAGACUUCCUUCCGGUUCCGUGAGGGACAAGGCUCGUAGAAUUCUCGGCUGGGUGGGCUGCUCAGCGGUGCCCAUGACAGUCGAGGAACUCGAGCAAGCUCUUUCCAUUCGCAUUGGAGAUUACAGCCAGAUACCAAAGGGAUACUCAACUUUAAACCUCGUUCGCCUGUGCGGUCCAGUAGUCGAGGUUGUUGACGAUAACUGGGAGACAGCGGACCCCUUGACGUUGCGGCGCAUCUCGGCAUCUAUCCAAAAUGCCCUCGACAAGACGGCCAAUACGCCAGCCGAGCACGCACAGCACAAAAGGGACGCAGAGGACGCAGAGGACGCAGAGCAAUGCCACUGCGACGCCAUUCGACACAACUAUGGGGCUCGGCCUUUCAAGUGCCCAUUCAUGAGCUGUUUAUCCCAUCGAAUCGGCUUCGAGACGAAGAAACUUCGACAAUCCCACUGCAAAAGUCAUGACCGACCUUGGAGGUGCGAUGUCCCGACCUGUGAAUACGCUAAGAUCGGGUUCCUGUCACGCCGGAUGAGAGACGAUCACCUCGAUCGAAAUCACAGGGCCGAAGACCCAGAACAAUUGAUCACGCGUGGCCAAAGAAGCAACGACGAGCUGGUCUCGCUCCUACUCGCUCUGAUAAGAACCGACAAAGUGCACAACGUCCGAUCCUUGCUUCCGGCUGCUCAAGACUUGAAGAAUGAUCAGAUAAUUGCUCUUUUUGCAGAAACUGCAUCUCUUGGGUCGUCUGAUAUGAUUGAAAUAAUUGGAUCGCACUUUUGGGAUAGGAUGAUUGACAUACAUGACUGGGAAGGCAAUCCCUUCUGGGAGCAAGUUCUUAUCCCAGCAGUAACAAGAGGCAAUCUCGAAACAAUCGGGUGGCUGACAACUAAAGCCGGAUCAUUGAUUGAGCGGCGAACGGGUAUGUAUCACGUCAAGGACGUUUUCGUAGCAGUUUUGAUGUCCGACAAGUCCGUUGCCUUGUACAAUCACCUCGAGCUCUUUAUGAUUGCUGUUUACAGUAAAAAGCGCCUGGAGGACUCGAGGUUCGCCCGUAACUCGCUCCGGGCGAUGGACCCCACUCUAAUUUCAGCGACGCGGGGUCGGCCUCAAAGUGAGAGGAUCUUGAUCUCUCUCUGGAAAAAGCUCGACGACAUGGGCUGUGUUCCUCGGAGAUAUUUUGGGACUGGUCUACUGUCGGUUGCCAAAACAACAUGCUCCAUAACCCUGGCUUCAGCGCUGAUUGACCUUGGCGCGGACUUGGAAUACCAGAAUAAUAGACCUCUUCGACGGGCAGCACGUAAGGACACCGAAGAAGCAGCGAGGUUUAUGAGGUUUUUACUAUAUCGUGGUGCUAACCCUGAGAAAAAUUGCAACAAGUAUCGAUCCACUCCAGCAGAAGGUGCGAUCACGCGGGUCAAGAUAUCUGAUGAAGUUGGGGCAAAGGGUAUUUCUAAGUGGCUGAAAAAGUCUUGGGAAGAUCUGGUGACAGAGGCGAGGGAAGCUAGAAUGAAUCACGACAAACCGCCAAUCUCCGAGGACUAG